CUUUCCUCAGGCACCGCUUCCUGUAGAUGUCUUGGAGAAUAGAAGCAGCAGCAGGGAAGAUAAGGGAGUGAGAGGGUGAAAGAUGCGUCCGCCUCCUCCGAGAGCCAAAGAUGGCUAUAGGAGUCGGGGUCAGUUGUAACAGCAACAGUCUGGGUUAGUUGUAACAAUAAUGCAAAUGUUAAAACUCACCACACUAUUACUUGAACUUAUAUUAAACAAGUUGGGGCAAUAACAUCAGCAGAGAGAGGUUCACUGGUCACCUUUGUAUAUGCGGUUAAUGCCAUUGGCAACACAUUUCCUCCAAUGUUUGUGUUCCCACGCAUACCUUAUGAAGAUUACUUUGUCAGAGAUGAAAUGUUACAACUAUCCCCCGUCUCCCCUACAGAUGAAAAUGUGUGAUCAACAAAUUCAUUUAAAACAGGUUCAAGAAUCCUUUGGCUCUCUUAAAGAUAACAAAUGUGAAGACGUUAGCCACUGUUACAGUAAAAGAAGAACUGCCUCCAUGUGUAAGUUCAUCCCCAAACUGACAAAGGAUCAAUUAGUCUGUUAAAUAGUGAUGUCAACGUUUUUUCACUGCUAAGAGGUUAAAUCGAGGACUUAAUGAGGAAGUUUGGAGAAACACGUUUUUAUGGUAUUCGAUUGGUUUUGGACAUGACAAUGAAUAAACAUUAGAUGACAGUUUUAUCGUGUUUGUUGAUUUUCAUAAAGCCAUAAAUUUCUGUUUAAGACCAUUCAAUACUUUGGAUUUGGGAAUAAUGUUUGAGAGCCGUCACCACUUUAUAUCAGGGCUGUAGAGCUCCAUUAAAGGGGCUUGGGGUACAACUCAGAGCUUUGGGGUUAGUCGUGGGAUUGGACGAGGGUGUCCUUUAAGUCCGCUUCUGCUCCUUCUUGUCACACAAAUUAUGGAGUAUUAAAAAAGGACAGUUUCAGGGUAUCCCAUCCUUAGAUAGAGAUGGGCACAACUGGCUGAUGACACUGCAAUGUUCCUAUCAAAUAGACAUGUGAGCAGGCAGCUACUUGUGUCAGGGCUGAAAAUGAGUCUGUCUUAUUCCCUCUCAAAUAUUUAAAUCUGUCAGAAUUAAUGGUAUACCUGUUAAAACAAAACUACAUAUUUGGGAGUGAUUAUUGAAAACAAUCAAAAAGGAUGUAAACUUCUCCAAUUUUUGCUCCUGUAACUGAACAAAAACAAAAAAAAAUUAACAUGUGGCUGAUGAGAGAUUUGUGUUACUGCCGAAGACUGGAUGAUGUUGCUUUAUGACCAGAAAUGCCCAAAGAGAUCUCUACAGAGUUACAUCAACUUUGAUUUGAUUGAUAUGGAGAAAGAAAAGCCAUCGCUUCAAAAGGAUAUUCCCCAUAAAGCAAACAAAAAGGUGGUCUGGAAUGACCUCACGGCACAAGCAUAGUCCCAACCAAUGAUGGUGAUGCAUCUUUUCAACAGCUCAAAUCACAUAACGAAGCACUGUCGUCAUUUCAGAGAGUUCAUCUUUGGUCAUGUGAUAUUCUCGAGCCCGACACGGGCUUCUUUUGGACACGCUCAUGUUCAAACGUUUAUUCAUACAAAUUAGUUUUUAAUCAAAUAAACGUAAAACAGAUGCACCACACCGAUAGCCUGAUAUUAAACAGAAGUUGCUAACGCAGAGAGGGUGAUCACAGUUAGGCGGCUCAUUUCAAGCUGCUGUUCAUAUUUUUGGCCACCAGAUGUCACCAAAGAGGCCUGAAGCGCUUCGAGUAGUGAACCAUCUCGGUCGAGGAACAUGGUGCAGGUUCACCGAGCGACCCCCGGCCCGGACGCGCUCCGCUCAGCUUCGUUAGCACUUUCAGUGAUAAUGAUCAUUAUUCUGGUGAUUUGUGACACAGAGCAGGAAAAUUAACAUUUAAUUACAUAAACUUUUUUUUUUUUUUUUUAAAUCACUGAGCACGCUCAGUGCUGCUGUUGGUUUCUAAGGUGAGGCCUGCACAGUAGAGCUUUGAGACUUUGAAGCUUCCUGUCCUUCAGCCUAAUGAAGAAAAUCACUGCAGUCGUCCCAGGUGGGCUGGAGCCACUCUUUGGAUACGACAGGCCCCUCCAAACCGUCUGGAUUGCCAAGAACCCGCCAGGUUUUGCCUUUCAGAACCCGUGAGAUGCUGAUGACGCUGUCCAGGGGUUAGAAGUGAGUACUGCACCCACCUGAGCACACGCUUUCAGUUUCUGAUGGUACGAUCUUUAGCUGUUCAUUAGUGACACCAUCAGUGACGUCACAAGGUUAAAUAGGCUGAGUUUAAUGCUGUCAUAAUACAUCACUUUGAUUAGUUGCUCUCUCAGGGUUAUCUCCAGCAUUCAGGUACUGCUGAGCUCUCUACUGGUAUGCCUCGGCGCUCCCAGUAUCAGUACGCCUACGACUCUCAGCAUUACAGCCUCCUUAGCUGGAGGAGCAGGUAACCCGUGUGGACACAUGUUUUAGCCUCAGUGGCGGUAACCUCAUGCUGCAAAGACACGGUGAGCUAAACCCAUCCAGGUAAUCGUUAAUCUGCUGUGACAUCAUGAAUAAAACUAUAAAUCCCUCGAGUGCGAGCACAUUCCCGGUUACCACAGAAUACAGGAGACAUCCUUGCUGCACAGGUCUUACGGCAUCACCUGACUUGGCACUUCCUGUUACAGCUCCACCCAUGUGGUGAUGUCAUCGCUGGAUGGAGCAGCUGCUGAGCUCUGGAGAGCCAGAUGGAGGGUCAGACCUGCAGACCGAACAGCUGAAACAUGGCAGACUCUUCAUCGUCCUCCAACAACUCUUCGUCCUCGCUGAGAGACCUCACGCACACAGGUUUCUGGGAGCCUGCUGUUGUUUUGGCAUCAAGCUGGUUUUGGUUAAUCUCAGAAAAUAUGUCAGCAGCCUCACAGCUCGUGCACUGGAGAGAACCGAAGAAAUCUGGAGCGGCGUUCGGCCUCUCACUGCUGGUUCUUGUUUCCUUGGCAACACUGUCAGUCAUCAGCGUGCUGUCCUAUUUGCUCCUGGCGUGCCUCUGUGUCACAAUCACCUUCAGAGUUUAUAAAUCCGUGAUCCAGGCUGUUCAGAAGUCCAAUGAAGGUCAUCCAUUCAGGUCUCUGUUGGAGAGGGACAUUUCGGUGUCCUCAGAGUCAGUUCGGCAGCUCGCUGACCAGUUUCUGAUCCACUUGAACUGGUUCAGUAAUCAGACAAGGAGGCUGUUACUGGUGGAGGACCUGGUCGACUCUCUGAAGCUGGCAGCCGUCACCUGGGUGAUGACGUACGUUGGUGCCGUGUUCAAUGGCGUCACCAUCUUGAUCCUUGCUGACAUCAUUUUCUUCACUACACCGUUGAUCUACCAGAAGAAGAAGGCUCAGAUUGAUCAUCACGUUGAGGCCGUUCGGCUCAAACUGGAGGAAACUCUGCAGAGGUACCUGUCGUCUUUUACAAAGGCUCCCACCUGUUCUACCUCUAUGAAGAGUUCGACUGAACUGAGCAUGCUCAGUGUGUUCAUACUGUCUGUUCUUCUUGAACUUGUCACCUGUCUAUAGUUAAAGUUCACAGUCAGUUUGCAGGAUAAGUUACCUGGCGCUGUGAAGAAAAGCAAGGUUGAGUGACACCUGAGAUGUUGAAGCUCUGCCCCCUCCUCUCAUUCGCCUGUUUGUCUGUGACUCACAAGACUUUGAAUAAAAUCAGACUGACGAGAAACAAGCCGUGUGUUUUUAUUCUGGCCCAGCGUCACCUGUCCUCACCUGUCCAAGCCGUCAUAUUCAGAGGUGUGAGCGUGGUCAUGUUUACACAGUUACUUCCUGAUGUUUGGACAGGAAGCAGCUUCAGUUUCACGACAGCGAGGAAGCUGAGUCAUGGAACUGUGAAUUUUAUUUUGUUGGAAGUAUUCUGUAGUAUAACUGCACUGUGAAUGCCCUUCAAAAUAAAGAUCACCAUGACUGUGACCAGUCAAGAGUGAUGCUUUUAUUUUGAAGGCCUCUGAGAGAGGUUUAAAUAUCAGAGAUAAAAAUAUCUUGCUGCGCAAACAUGAUUCCGUGUGCGCUUUUACUUUGUCUCCUUCAUGCCAUCAUGGCUGAAAACAGACUCGUCUCCGUGGACUUUGAGGUCUUCGGGAACGUGCAGGGUGUGUGCUUCAGGAUGUACACAGAGGAUCAUGGACACAGUCUGGGGCUCAGCGGCUGGGUGAAGAA